CGGCUGGGGCCGAGCCCAGAGCUCCGGGCGGUCGCAUUGUUUUCCUCCGCGGAUCUGCGGCGGGAGUAGGGCUCCCACUCGGACCCAGGACUCUCGUAACCCGACAGCGCCCUGGAGCCUAAAUCCAAGCACCGUCCAGACGGGACGCUCGUCGCAUCUCGCUCGAGCCCCAAACACGGAUUGCGAACUCUGAGCGGCGCGGAGCUGGGGGCCUCCCGCUGCUCCCUGGAUCUCGCUGACCCGGAUCUCGGAGCAAGUACCCUGGGAUCAAAGGGCUCCUGUCCCCCUUCGUCCCCCACAGGACCCACCACCCCAGAGGCAGCCUGAUGAGGGAAGAAGGGGAGAGCGGGCACGUUCAGCCAUUUCUCCUCACCCGUCCUUUCUAUCCUUCGCUCUGCACAGGGGGGCCAGCAUAUGGGUGAGGGGGUACCCCCUGGGGCUUGAGCUGCCCCGCACAGGAUGCCCCCUGCCCCCCACUCCAUGCCCUUGCUGCUGCUGCUGCUGCUGCUGUCUCUGCCCCAUGCCCAGGCUGCCUUUCCCCAGGACCCCAUCCCUUUGUUGACCUCUGACCUGCAGGGUACUUCUCCAUUAUCCUGGUUCCGGGGCCUGGAGGAGGAUGCUGUGGCUGCCGAACUUGGGCUGGACUUUCAGCGAUUCCUGACCUUGAACCGGACCUUGCUUGUGGCCGCCCGGGAUCACGUUUUCUCCUUCGAUCUUCAAGCCCAAGAAGAAGGGGAGGGGCUGGUGCCCGACAAGUUUCUGACAUGGAGGAGCCAAGAUGUGGAGAACUGCGCUGUUCGGGGGAAGCAGACGGACGAAUGCUACAACUACAUCCGUGUUCUUGUUCCCUGGGACUCGCAGACGCUCCUUGCCUGUGGAACAAACUCGUUCAGCCCCAUGUGCCGCAGUUACGGGAUAACUUCGCUGCAACAGGAGGGCGAGGAGCUGAGUGGGCAAGCUCGAUGCCCCUUUGACGCCACCCAGUCAAAUGUGGCCAUCUUUGCAGAGGGCAGUUUGUACUCGGCCACCGCAGCCGACUUCCAGGCCAGUGACGCUGUCGUUUACAGAAGUCUCGGACAGCAGCCUCCACUCCGUUCUGCCAAGUAUGACUCCAAGUGGUUGCGAGAGCCACACUUUGUCUACGCUUUGGAGCACGGAGACCACGUCUACUUCUUCUUCCGAGAGGUCUCUGUGGAGGAUGCCCGGCUGGGGAGGGUGCAGUUUUCCCGGGUAGCCCGGGUGUGUAAACGUGACCGGGGUGGCUCACCUCGGGCCUUGGAUCGCCACUGGACAUCCUUCCUUAAGCUGAGGCUCAACUGCUCUGUCCCUGGGGACUCGACCUUCUACUUUGACGUCCUACAGGCCUUAACUGGGCCUGUGAACCUGCAUGGCCGCCCCGCCCUCUUUGGGGUCUUCACAACUCAAGCCAAUAGCAUUCCUGGGUCUGCAGUCUGCGCCUUCUACCUGGAUGAUGUUGAGCGCGGGUUUGAGGGCAAGUUCAAGGAGCAGAGGAGCCUGGAUGGGGCCUGGGCUCCUGUGUCUGAGGACAGAGUCCCCUCCCCCAGGCCAGGGUCCUGUGCAGGUGUGGGUGGAGCUGCCUUGUUCUCUUCCUCUCAAGACCUACCUGAUGAUGUCCUGCUCUUCAUCAAGGCACAUCCACUGCUGGAUCCUGCUGUGCCACCUGCCACCCAUCAGCCCCUCCUCACUCUCACUAGCAGAGCCCUGCUGACCCAGGUGGCCGUGGAUGGCAAGGCCGGGCCCCACAGAAACACCACAGUCCUGUUUCUUGGCUCCCAUGAUGGGACGGUGCUGAAGGUGCUACCUCCAGGGGGACAGUCUCUGGGACCUGAGCCUAUCAUACUGGAAGAGAUCGAUGCCUACAGCCCUGCCCGGUGCGGUGGGAAGCGCUCAGCCCGAGCUGCACGGCGGAUCAUCGGGCUGGAGCUGGACACUGAGGGUCACAGGCUCUUUGUGGCCUUUCCUGGCUGUAUCGUCUACCUCCCACUCAGCCGCUGUGCCCGGCAUGGGGCAUGUCGGAGGAGCUGUCUGGCUUCUCAGGACCCAUACUGUGGCUGGCAUCGGUUGAAAGGCUGUGUGACUAUCGGGGGACCUGGUGGGACUGAUAUGGAUGUGACUGGGAACCAGGAAUCCAUGGAGCAUGGUGACUGCCAAGAUGGAGCUACUGGGAGCCAGUCCGGCCCUGGAGAUUCUGCUUAUGUGCUUCUGGGUCCUGGCCCUUCCCUUGAGAUCCCCAGUUCCCCCAGUGAUGCUCACCCAGGGCCCCAGUCUUCCACUCUUGGAGCUCACACGCAGGGCGUGCGCAGGGACCUUCCCCCAUCUUCAGCCUCCCGCUCCAUCCCCAUCCCACUCCUCCUGGCCUGCGUGGCGGCCGCCUUCGCCCUGGGCGCCUCCGUCUCCGGCUUCUUGGUGUCCUGCGCUUGUCGUCGCGCGCACCGCCGUCGGAGCAAGGACAUCGAGACCCCGGGGCUGCCGCGCCCUCUCUCCCUCCGCAGCCUGGCCCGGCUGCACGGUGGCGGUCCUGAGCCCCCGCCUCCGCCCAAGGAUGGAGAUGCCGCCGCCGCGCCGACGCCACAGCUCUACACGACCUUCCUGCCGCCGCCCGAGGGCGGGGGACCCCCGGGCCCGGAGCUGGCCUGCCUGCCCACCCCGGAGUCCACGCCCGAGCUGCCGGUGAAGCACCUCCGCGCCUCCGGGGGUCCCUGGGAGUGGAACCAGAACGGGAACAACGCCUCGGAGGGCCCGGGCCGCCCACGGGGCUGCAGCGCGGCGGGCGGCCUCCCCGGACUCCGCGGGGCUCCCGGGGCGCCCCGUCCCGCCCGCCUCGGUUUAUUUAUUGACUUGGUCUUUGCCCGCCCAUGCUGCCUUAAGUCGCCGCUCCGGGCUCCCGCGGACCGGGCCCCGGGCGGGCCGGACCGGGCCGGAGCCGCGCGCUACCGUGUACAGAGUCCUCGGGCCUCGCGGGGCCGGGACGUGCCGCCUCCUACUGUGUAG